AUGUAUUUUGAGUGUUCGUGUGGUGAUUCUUCCAAAAGGGUGUUUGAUGAGGAUGCCCUCUUGAGGGAUGUGGUUACUUGGAACUCCAUGAUAGCGGGUUUGAUGAGAAACGGUGACAUUGUUGAUGCGGAGAAGGUGUUUGAUGAAAUGCCUCAGAGGGAUGUGAUAUCUUGGAGUUCAAUGAUUAUGGGUUAUGUUCAGAAUGGGAACUUGGAAGAUGGGUUGGAGUGUUUUAGGUUGAUGAGGGAGAGAGGUGUGAGGCCUAAUGAGGCUGCAUUGGCCUCUGCGCUUUCGGCUUCGGCUAUGUUGGGGUUGUUGGGUUAUGGAAGGUUCAUUCAUUCUACCAUUGAGUUCUUAAGGUUACCCGUGACUAUUCCUGUGGGAACUGCAUUGGUUGACAUGUAUGCCAAGUGUGGUUCCAUUGAAAUGUCGAGGUUCUUGUUUAAUCGGAUGGCGAAGAAGGAUGUAUGGACAUGGAAUGUCAUGAUUUGUGGGCUGGCUUCACAUGAUCAUGCGAAGGAAGCACUUGAACUGUUUCAGAGGUUCAUUGGUGAAGGUUUUCGCCCGGUGAAUGUGACUUUUAUAGGAGUACUGAGUGCUUGUAGUAAAGCUGGUUUGGUUAGUGAGGGAAGGCAUUACUUUAGGUUGAUGGUGGAUGGUUAUGGAAUUCAGCCAGAGAUGGAGCACUAUGGAUGCAUGGUUGAUCUCCUCGGCCGUGCUGGUUUGAUAGACGAAGCUGUUGAGCUGAUAGAGACAAUGGAUGUUCCACCAGACCCUGUAUUGUGGGCGACACUACUGGAUGCGUGUAAGGUUCAUGGAUUUGUGGAAAUGGGAGAAAGGAUUGGAAACAAGUUGUUGCAGUUGGAUCCAAACCAUGAUGGCCAUUAUGUGCAGUUGGCUGGGAUAUAUGCAAAAGCAAGAAAAUGGGAAGAUGUAGUUAGAGUUCGAAGGUUGAUGAUUGAGAGGGUAAACAACAAACUUGCAGGAUGGAGCUUGAUUGAAGUUGAUGGCAGAGUUCAUCGCUUUGUUUCAGGGGAUAGAGACCAUGAGCAUUCUUCGGACAUUUACAAAUUGCUUGAGACAAUAGGACUGAGAAUAACUGAAGCUUGUCACUCUGCCAAACAUCUUACCUGUUUUGCAUAA